AUGUUAGUAAAAGAAUGCAGUUAUUUUAGACGUGGUUGUUCUGGUAUUAAGAAUUUAUGUGAAAAUGUAAGAACUCUGUUAUACGCUGGGUAUGAAAAGAUUUCACUUAAAGAAAAAAUAUCAUCCAGUGAUUUUAGCAUUUUUAAUCAAUCCCAUCUACCUCAAUCCUCUGAUGCUUCUAAUUUAUACCAACAUAUUCUAAAUGUAUGUGCUAAGAUUGGAGGGACUAACGAGGUCUUAUUUAGAUGGUGUUUGCACCCUACCCCUAAUCACCCCCCCCCCCCCCCCGCAAGGCGCGAUGAUUUAGAAAGAGACUUACUAUAUGUAGGAGAACCUCCUAGUUUGCCAGAAUGUACAUCUUUAUGA